AUGUCAAGGUUUGCUUAUUUUUUAUUUAUUUUUUUAUUUUUAGACCCAAAUAUAUAUUAAGACCUUGUGUGGACAGUGCCAGUCGGAGUGAGAGUGAGGGGGAUGACUUCUGUAUUCCCAUCUGCCGUACUCUGAAAAAAGCCCAACUUGUAAAGAUCAGAGAUCGCCCAUCACCUCCCAGAAACAUGGUACGACAUUUUACGUUGGCUUUGUUGACCAUCUCCAUCAUUCACCUGUAUGGAAACCUUUUCCUUUUCAAUCUCCUGAUCGUUUAUCCCAAUGAUCUGAGCAUUACACCAAUCAGAUUUCACAGUAAGUUUAAAUUUCUCAUUUAUUAUGCAAACAGUAGAAAAUGA